CUACAGGUCAGCUUAUUUACUACCCACACAAAACACAAGUGUCUUUUAUGGUUGUGGAUUGGGCAUCUUUUUCUCCAGGAAUAAUGUUUCCAGUCAUUUUGCUUAUUUUAGGUCUGUCUGGCCUCACUUCACAUGUUAAAGCAGCGCCGGGUCUUUUGGAAGACUUCAUUGGCAUUGUCGAUGAAAUAUAUGACUAUGUUGUUAGUGACACGGAGGAAAUAUCUUCAGCUGAAAUUAACGAGACGAUUGACUGGCUUUUUUCCUUCUUUGAUGAAGAGACGUGUGAUCCAAACCCUUGCCAGAACAAUGGAGUUUGUAAGGAGAAAGAAAGCGGCGGCUUCAAAUGCAUCUGUCCACCGCCCUAUAUUGGCAAAAAGUGUCAAAAUGAGAAGAACGUGUGUAAAAAAGUGAAGUGUGGUAAUGGUGAUUGUGUCAGAAUAAAAAAAGACCCAUUUUAUGAGUGCAAGUGCUGGCCUCCGUAUCGGGGUUCUAAGUGCAAGAAUGCCUAUGCAUGUAAUCCAAGUCCAUGCCAGAAUGGGGGAACGUGUGUUAAAGGCCGUACGAGAGCAAGUUUCACAUGCACUUGUCCUGAAGAUUAUAGUGGGAGGUUCUGCCAAGUUGGUUCAAACGAUUGCUAUGAAGGGAAUGGGGAAUCAUACAGAGGCAAUGUCAGUGAAACAAUAGAAGAAAUUGAGUGUUUACCCUGGAACCACAAUCUUAUUCCUUACAAAGAGUUUGAAGGGAAUGAGAGCAUUGGAGAACACAAUUACUGCAGGAAUCCAGAUGGAGACCGAGAACCUUGGUGCUUUGUAAAGGAAAAGGGAAAGCUUCAGUGGAACUACUGCAAUGUCAAGCCAUGCUCUGAAACAGAACCAGAAAAACCCUUAACUACCCCUACAAAACUGGAGUUUUCAGACUGUGGAAAGGCCGCAUUUAGCAUGAUAGCGCCAAGAAUAUUUGGUGGGAGGAAGUCCCUACCCGAGGCCCAUCCCUGGCAGGCCUCAUUUCAGGUGCGUCCCAAGGGCUCGAAUGCAACCUUUGAGCAUAACUGUGGAGGAACCCUGAUUGACUCCUGCUGGAUCCUGACGGCAGCCCACUGCAUCGAUGAGAAUGAUGAGGUGAGGGUGGAGUUGGGUGGUGUGAACCUGGAGAAAGAUGACCCUGAUAAACAGUUUGUGGAGGUGGAGAAAAUCAUUGUUCAUGAGAACUACACAGAGACUUUUGACGCCCUCUAUAAUGAUAUAGCCCUCCUGAAACUGAAGGGACGGAAUGGACGGUGUGCCAAUGAGUCCAGGUCUGUCAGGGCAGCUUGCCUUCCCACCGAUUUAUUCCCUGAAGGAACACGGUGCACAAUAUCAGGCUAUGGAGCUACUGAGAAACAUCAUGGCGUUAGUACUCAGCUGCUGGAUGCCAAAGUUCUCCUGAUCUCUCAGAGCCGCUGCAUGUCUCGUAACGUUUAUGGAAACAGAAUGGACGAUUCCAUGAUGUGCGCUGGAUAUAUGCAGGGAAAGAUCGACUCUUGUCAGGGUGAUUCCGGUGGACCCCUGGUUUGUAAGAAGGACAAUAUUCAUUACAUCUAUGGUGUGGUGAGUUGGGGCGACAGCUGUGGCAAGAAGAACAAGCCAGGUGUCUAUGCCCGUGUCACAAAGUUCAUAGACUGGAUCAAUGAAAAGAUGCGCACAGCAUAGGAGGGAUACUCUAAAGUGAAAAUGAACCAAUAGCUCAAAUUUUCAAUUAUUAGAAAAAUCAUUUUGGUCCAAAUUUGCAGUUGUGUAAACAAAAGUAUGACAUCAGUAGAGGGUUAAAUGUCUGUCUUUUAGAACAGGUCAUAUUCAGACCUUUAUGCAAAAAAAAAAAAAAAAAAACGGGUGAUCUUGGGACUUUUUUAUGUGCCAGUCAAAAACUAAUUCUUGUGAUUCCUGUACAUGUUAAGAUUAAGAUAAGUUAACUAAUACAUAUUUGCAUUACAAUGCC